UGUCUACCAAACAUACCCCAAAGUCAUAGACCUCUCAACUCGCAGCAUUCACUUUCUGCUCUCACCCUCCCCUUCCUCUCACCGCUCAAAACCUAAGAACAAACAAGAAAUGGGAGACGCUUUCUGUUCAGAUUGUAAGAGACACACAGAGGUAGUAUUCGACCAUUCAGCAGGAGACACAGUAUGUUCAGAGUGUGGUCUUGUCUUAGAAUCUCACUCGAUCGAUGAAACAUCAGAGUGGAGAACUUUUGCGAAUGAAUCAGGAGAUAAUGAUCCAGUUCGUGUUGGUGGACCAACUAAUCCUUUAUUAACAGAUGGUGGUCUUUCUACUGUUAUUGCUAAACCUAAUGGUGCUUCAGGAGAGUUCUUGUCCAGUUCUCUUGGUAGGUGGCAGAAUCGUGGAUCCAAUCCUGAUCGUGGGUUGAUUACGGCUUUUAAAACUAUCGCUACGAUGUCUGAUAGGUUGGGCCUUGUUGCAACUAUCAAGGAUCGGGCCAAUGAGAUCUAUAAGAAGGUGGAAGAUCAAAAGUCCAGUAGAGGAAGGAAUCAAGAUGCUUUAUUGGCUGCUUGCCUCUACAUUGCUUGUCGACAGGAAGACAAGCCCCGAACUGUAAAGGAAAUUUGCUCUGUCGCCAAUGGAGCCACAAAGAAGGAAAUUGGACGAGCAAAAGAAUACAUAGUGAAACAACUGGGUUUGGAGACUGGUCAGUCCGUGGAGAUGGGAACUAUACAUGCUGGGGAUUUUAUGAGGCGUUUCUGCUCCAAUCUUGGAAUGUCUAAUCAUACAGUUAAAGCUGCCACAGAAGCUGUUAAAACGUCAGAACAGUUUGAUAUAAGGAGGAGCCCUAUAUCAAUCGCAGCAGCAGUCAUCUAUAUAAUUACUCAGCUUUCAGAUGACAAGAAGCCUCUUCGAGAUAUUUCACUAGCAACUGGAGUUGCUGAAGGAACAAUCAGAAAUUCCUACAAGGAUCUUUAUCCCCACGUGUCAAAGAUUAUACCAUCAUGGUAUGCCAGCGAGGAAGAUUUGAAGAACCUUUGCAGUCCUUGAAUAAUACAGUGAAAAAUACCGGGAAGAAAAACCCGUUUGAUUUGAUCUGUAAGCCUCCAUCUAGGAUGUAAUUAAGAAACUGUUGAGACAUACAGGGGAUGCACAAGUCCUCUCGUUCUUUUUUAUUUAAUUCCGCAGUCAACGGUACCGUCAAUUCAGGGAUAGGAAAGAAAGGAAAAAAAGAGAGAAGAAAUAGCAAUCAAUUUUAAUUUAUGCUCAGCAACGACAACAAUUUUAAUGUAAUUUUGAUGUGUAUUAAUAUUCAAAUGGUAAACCGACUUUUCAAUUCA